AGCUUCUCUGUUUUGGGAUGAGGUUGUCUCCGGGGCAUCCAGUUACAAGUGUUGUUUUUCUCCUCCCCAGGGGUGCAAUGGCAGCCACGGUCAGGACGCAGAGGAGGCUAGCCUAUUGGGCCUUGAUGGCUGUGCUCUUGGCAGACCUAUUGGCCCUGAGUGACAUGCUGGCAGUGAUGUCUGUGGACCUGGGCAGCGAGUCCAUGAAGGUGGCCAUCGUCAAACCUGGAGUGCCCAUGGAAAUUGUCUUGAACAAGGAAUCCCGGAGGAAAACCCCAGUGACUGUGACCCUGAAAGAAAAUGAAAGAUUCUUUGGAGACAGUGCAGCAAGCCUGGCCGUCAAGAAUCCCAAGGCCACGCUGCGUUACUUCCAGCAGCUCCUGGGGAAGCAGGAGGGUAACCCCCAUGUAGCCCUUUACAGAGACCGUUUCCCAGAGCACGAGUUAGGCUUCGACCCACAGAGGCACACUGUGCACUUCCAGAUCAGCCCGCAGCUGCAGUUCUCACCUGAGGAGGUACUGGGCAUGGUUCUCAAUUAUUCCCGUUCCCUGGCUGAAGAUUUUGCAGAACAGCCCAUCAAGGAUGCAGUGAUCACUGUGCCAGCGUUCUUCAAUCAGGCUGAGCGCCGAGCUGUGCUGCAGGCUGCUCGCAUGGCUGGCCUCAAAGUGCUACAGCUCAUCAAUGACAACACUGCCACUGCCCUCAGCUACGGUGUCUUCCGUCGGAAAGAUAUCAAUACUACUGCCCAGAACAUCAUGUUUUAUGACAUGGGUUCAGGCAGCACUGUAUGCACCAUCGUGACCUACCAGACAGUGAAGACGAAGGAGGCGGGGAUGCAGCCACAACUACAAAUCCAGGGAGUGGGGUUUGACCGCACUCUGGGGGGGCUAGAAAUGGAACUCCGGCUACGUGAGCACCUGGCUGGACUUUUCAAUGAGCAACGCAAGGGCCAGAGAGUGAAGGAUGUGAGGGAGAACCCUCGUGCCAUGGCCAAGCUGCUACGUGAGGCUAAUCGACUCAAAACUGUCCUGAGUGCCAAUGCUGACCACAUGGCACAGAUUGAGGGCCUCAUGGAUGACGUGGACUUCAAGGCAAAAGUGACUCGAGUGGAGUUUGAAGAGCUGUGUGCAGACCUAUUUGAGCGGGUGCCUGGGCCUGUGCAGCAGGCCCUCCAGAGUGCCAAAAUGAAUUUGGAUGAGAUUGAGCAGGUGAUCUUGGUAGGUGGGGCCACUCGGGUCCCCAAAGUUCAGGAGGUGCUGCUGAAGGCUGUGGGCAAGGAGGAGCUGGGGAAAAACAUCAAUGCAGACGAGGCAGCCGCUAUGGGGGCUGUGUACCAGGCAGCCGCACUCAGCAAAGCCUUCAAGGUGAAGCCGUUUAUAGUCCGAGAUGCAGUGAUGUACCCCAUCCUGGUUGAGUUCACAAGGGAGGUGGAGGAGGAGCCUGGAGUUCGAGGCUUGAAGCACAAUAGGCGUGUCCUCUUCUCCCGGAUGGGGCCCUAUCCUCAGCGCAAGGUUAUCACCUUUAACCGCUACAGCCAUGACUUUAGCUUCCACGUCAACUACGGUGACCUGGGCUUCCUGGGGCCCGAGGAUCUUCGGGUAUUUGGCUCCCAGAAUCUGACCACAGUGAAGCUAAAAGGUGUGGGUGAGAGCUUCAAGAAAUAUCCCAACUAUGAGUCCAAGGGCAUCAAAGCUCACUUCAACCUGGAUGAGAGUGGUGUCCUCAGCCUAGACAGGGUGGAAUCUGUGUUUGAGACCCUGGUGGAAGACAGCCCAGAAGAGGAAUCGACUCUGACCAAACUUGGCAACACUAUCUCCAGCCUGUUUGGAGGUGGUACCACACCAGAUACCAAAGAGAAUGGUACCAACACCGUCCAGGAGGAAGAGGAAAGCCUUGCUGAGGGGAGCAAGGAUGAUCCUGGAGAGCAAGCGGAGCUCAGGGAGGAAGGCGAGGCCCCAGUGGAAGACACCUCUCGGCCCCCAUCACCUGAGCCUAAGGGGAAUAUAGCCCCAGAGGGAGAAAAGCCCGUAGACAAAGAAAAUGGGGAAAAGCCUGAGGCCCAGAAGCCAAGUGACAAGGGGGAGGCAGGGCCUGAGGGUGUCCCUGCAGCCCCAGAGGAAGACAAGAAGCAGAAGCCUUCUCGGAAGCAGAGGGCGGUGGAGGAGAUCGGAGUGGAGCUGCUUGUUCUGGACCUACCUGACUUGUCCGAGAGUGAGCUGGCCCGUUCAGCACAGAAACUUCAGGACUUGACAGUCCGAGAUCUGGAGAAGCAGGAACGGGAGCAAGCUGCCAACAGCUUGGAAGCUUUCAUCUUUGAGACCCAGGACAAGCUGUACCAGCCAGAGUACCAGGAAGUGUCCACUGAGGAGCAGCGUCAGGAGAUCUCUGGGAGACUCAGCGCUGCUUCCACUUGGCUGGAGGAUGAGGGCUUUGGGGCCACCACAGUGAUGUUGAAGGAGAAGCUGGCUGAGCUAAGGAAACUGUGCCAAGGGUUGUUUUUUCGGGUAGAAGAGCGUAAGAAGUGGCCUGAGCGGCUGUCUGCCCUUGAUAAUCUCCUCAACCAUUCCAGCAUGUUCCUCAAGGGGGCCCGGCUUAUCCCAGAGAUGGACCAGAUCUUCACUGAGGUGGAGAUGACAACCUUAGAGAAAGUCAUCAAUGAGACCUGGGCCUGGAAGAAUGCAACGAUGGCCGAGCAGGCCAAGCUUCCCACUACAGAGAAACCAGUGUUGCUCUCCAAAGACAUCGAGGCCAAGAUGAUGGCUCUGGACCGUGAGGUGCAGUAUCUGCUCAACAAAGCCAAGUUUGCCAAGCCCCGGCCCAGGCCCAAGGACAAGAAUGAAACCCAGGCAGAACCUCCACUCAAUGCCAGUGACCAGGGGGAGAAGAUCAUCCAUCCACCAGGCCAGACUGAAGAUGCAAAGCCCCUUUCAGAACCUGAGAAAGAAAUUCGAUCUGAGCCAGCAGACACUGAACCUCUGGAGUUAGAAGGUCCUAGAGCAGAAUCUGAACAGGAGGAGCAGCCUCCACGACAGAAGCCAGUGUUGAAGAAUGAUGAACUAUAACCUUGCCUUCUAACCC